UUUUCUUCCACUGCUGGCAUUUACUUCACCAUGUUAACACCUGCGCAAACACACGCAACCCCCGCCUAUGAAGGUCCCCAUGGAGCUCUUCUGGAUCAUCGCCAGGAUCGCCAUACCAGAUGAAAUGCCAUCGACUAAUAACAGGUAUGGCCUCGCGUAUGUCCGUCAAUUCGCCGACCUAUCUCCAGAGUGCAGAGCCACGAGCGCAUACUGUCUCAGCGCCUGUCGGCAGAGAAACCACUGCAGAGUCCGCUGGGUCUCGAACAUCAGCGACGUCAUCACGCUAGGACGCACUAAGAAGCCAUGCGAGUGCAAGCCCCAGCUCAGCAAGAUGCUCCGGCUCUUUAGUAGGUCAGGGGGCAAUGACGCUGACUACAACCCUGCGACUGAUGCCGUUGCUGAGAGAGAUCUCAGGCGCUUCAUCGCCCGCUUUCCAAUGCUGACGUCGAUACGCUACGACCCCGACUUUGCGUAUGAGCAUGGCUUAAGUCUGUAUCCGUUCUACACAAGGCUAUUCGAACGCAACCAGCACCAAAUGACCGCAGUCCAACUUAAAUACCCAAUACUGCCAACCCAGUUCCCGAUUGCUAUGAUGCAGAUAACGUCGGUCGUUUUAAAUGAUGAGUACAACCUAUUCCAUGGCGCAGUUCCGCUGUUCUACGCCCCUGCCAUACGUCGUCUGGUGCUGGUCGGUAUGGGCAACGCCUUCCCUACCAAGAUUGAGUUCAGCUCUCUUGCGUACCUAGAAGUCCGUGGCAGUUUUAGCAGGGACCGCAGUAUCACGCAAGACCCCACCGGCGGAUUUGACUUGUCGUUCCCGAAACUAACAUGUGCAGAGAUCUAUGACACAGAGUCCAGCCGCAGCGAUUUCUACUCGAUCCUGCGCAAUGCUCCCCUCCUUGAGCAGCUGUCGAUUGUAGAGGAGCUAAGGGAUCUACAAUAUGUGAAUCCGCAGGUUGUAGCACGGGUCAGAGCUCUGGUGAUGACUGGAUACUCUCUGUCUCGUGAACACGUUGAGCUCCCUCGCAGGGUAAUUACGCAGUUCUAUGAGAUGAUGGACAACGUAUGUGUGGCCAAUUUGUAUGGCAACCCAUUUCCGCUUCCAAGCACAGGCCAGCUAUCCAACAUCCGAAGACUGACUAUCGAGCUAGCAAGAUCAGACCUGCACUGCCUUCCCCGACUCAUCCAACAGCUCCCAAGGAUGUGGUAUCUUGAUGUUACCUUCAAACAUAAUCCUACUGACCACGCUGUGGUGGAUGCACAGGUAGCCAAUACUGGGGAGUUGGAUCGACACAGGAUGGACUUGAAAGUCAAUAGAGAGACUGAGACAGUCAAGAUCGCAGAUGUCGGUGACGAGGCCUGCGAGGUAGCCUGCACCCUGAUCAGACGCAUCCUAUCGCUGGGAAAGAUGCGAAUAUACCUCGGAUUUUACAGCAGGGUCAAUGCAGCCAAGCUAGAAGUAGAUAGCAAGUGCCACAUCGACGAGUACAAUGUCAAAUAAGCCAUUGUUUUCUAGUCAAUUGUAAAUAUAUGCUCUUG